AUCUCACUCACUCACAAUCGUCUCUAUCAGAUCAUUACAAUCACAUUCAAUUCCCCAUUCCCAGACAACCAUGUAUUCUCCCAACGCUCUCUAUACACUGGCGCUCAUGCUCGCCGCCGGGUCCUUUGUCCAAGCGAGCCCCGUCGAUGCUGAACUGGCGAAGGAUUCAGUUAUGCUCGAUCGCAGAGCAACAGUCGACUGCGGCGGUGGGUUCCGUUUUCUGACUGCUGCUCAGAACAAGUGUUAUACCGACGCGAUCAAUCAUCUCAAUGCCAACCCUCCCACCACGGUGACCGGCAACAACGGGAAGGCUUACCCAGAAUACUAUGGCGACCAACCCAAUGUUGCAGGAAUCCCUGCUUCCUGCAAAGAGAACUACAACGAUCUAAGAAUCUAUCCCUGCUAUGUACAGGAUACUACCACGUUUGUAACUGGAUCAAAUCCCGGACUGGAUCGUGUCGUCAUUUCCCGCCACACAGAUGGCACCAAGGAACGUUGUGGGUUGAUCACGCAUCGCGGUGCAGAUAGUGGUCAGUUCAAGUGGUGCGGAAUCUAAGAAGUUGCUUGAGGAGCGGAGUAAUGGCACGAUGUGAAGACGAACGGGUAGUUGGGUAUCUUGAGGAUGAGAGAGGGCUGUCGUUGCCCCAAGAGAGGUCGCGAGAGGGGUUAUCACAGUUUUGUACAGAAGUAGCGUCCGGACAGCUUGAUUUGCAAAGAGGUUGUGAAAAUACUAUGUUAUGUUCUGUCAAA